CGAGCGGCUUAACUCCAAAAUCAAAUAUACAUUUUACAUAUCCACUCUUCUUUUAUAUCCAUCCCUUUUCCCAAAUGCCAAUUCUUCCCCCUCUCUCGCCGUACAUGGUGUCUUCUUCUCAUUUAUAUGGGCGACGGAGACGACACUCCAAAACGCCCGCCGGACAAGGACGAUGGAGACACUCUGUCACCGUCUUCGCCGGCGGAGGUGGAACCUUUAUCUGAUGUCCCCCUUUCCGAUGCACCGAUACUCUUUCUUGUGUUUUCACACAAGGCACUUCGCCACGAGCUCUCCGACCUCCACCGAUUGGCUGUUACUGCUUCUAAAAGUCUGUCUAAUCAACGCGAGCUUAUACUUGAGCUCCGCCGGAGAUUUGAUUUCUUCAGACUUGCACAUAAAUAUCAUUCUGCUGUGGAAGAUGAGGUUAUCUUUCUAGCAUUAGAUGUCCGCAUAAAAAACAUUGUACAUAAAUAUUCGCUUGAACAUAACUGUAUAGAUGACCUGUUUGACUCUGUUUUCCAUUGCUUGGAUUCGUUGGAGGCAAAUGAGGACAAUUCUGAGACUUUUCAGGAACUUAUAUCAUGCAUCCGGACCAUGCAUUCCUACAUUUGUCAGCAUAUGCUGAAAGAAGAAGAACAGGUUUUUCCAUUGCUUCUGGAGCAGUUCUCUCCAAAUGAACAAGCUUCAUUUGUGUGGGAGUUCUUUUGCAGCAUUCCCGUAAUCCUGCUGGAGGAAUUGUUGCCAUGGAUUAUCUCCUUUCUCAGUCCUGAAAAACAAGUGGAAGUGAUACAUUGUAUUAGAAAAAUUGUACCCAAGGAAAAAUAUUUGCAGGAGGUGAUAAUUUCUUGGCUUUGUAGGAAUGACCAAUCCUCUUUUGGGGCUUUCACCAAAAUUGGAAAAGAAGCUCGUGAUGGAUGUAUGAGAAGUAUACUGCAGUUGCACUGUUCUGAUAGUCCAGCGAGAGAAACUGGGGAAUCGAAGGACUGUGUGCCAGCUGCUGUCAGAAGCAAUAUGGUUGAACAUCUCCAUCUCUGGCAUCGCGCCAUCCAGAAAGACUUGAAAAAAAUACUGGAAGAGGCAUAUCAAGGAAGAAAUUCAAAAAGUUCCUUAAAGAGCGAUUCAAUAGUAGUCCGGCUGAAAUUCCUUGCUGAUGUCAUAAUUUUCUACAGCAAUGCGUUGAAGAAAUUCUUUUACCCUGUGUUGAAUAAACUUGCCAACAAUCACUUGUCUAUGUGCUCCAGUGAUCAGUUCUCCAUUGAAACUCAUAUAGAAAGUUUACAUCAGUUUCUACAAUGCAACGCUAAAAAUGGUUUAGGUUUGUCUCAGUUUGUAGAGAAGCUUUGCUAUGAACUGGAGUCCCUUGUGAGGGACAUUGGCAAACAAUUUUACUUUCAAGAAACAGAGGUAUUUCCCCUUAUUAGCAAGAACUGCAGUGAUGAUACGCAGUGGGAGCUUUUGUACACAAGCCUUCGUCUGAUGCCACUAGGACUGCUAAAAUGUGUGAUUCCUUGGUAUGCAGCUCAUUUGUCUGUGGACGAAUCCAGGUCCUUCCUUCACUUCAUAAACCAGAUGGGAGAUAAUUUUGCCAAUACAUCUUUUCCAUCCCUCUUACUUGAGUGGUUCCACAUUGAUUAUUCUGGUAAAUCUUCUGGAGAUAUUGGAAAGGACUUGCAGAAAAUAUUCAAGAGUAGAUGCUCAUUUCUGUGUGAGCAAAUCAAGGAAACUGCUGGAUGUUCCUCCCUGCACCCAAACAAACAACCUUGUGGAGAAUCUAAAUCUAGUAAAACAGAACUAAUCCCCACUAACAAGGGCAAGAAGCUUUUUUCAUAUACUUCUUCAGGACCCCACAAAGCUGAAACAUAUGAGACACUCUAUGCAAGUGAAAUAAAUCUGCAUGUAUUUUUUCCUGGAACAAAAAGAUUGUUGCUCCCUUUUCCUAAAUUACCUGGUGGAGAGAGUUCUGCAACUUCCAUUACAGAUGAACCAAAACCAAUGGACCUCAUCUUUUUCUUCCAUAAGGCUCUCAAGAAAGACUUUGAAUGCCUGGUUUCUGGUUCAGCUCGAUUGGUUGAAAACAUCAUGUUUCUUAUGGAGUUCAGCAAGCGUUUCCAUCUUCUGUGGCUUCGGUAUCAAUUUCAUAGUGAUACAGAGGAUGAAAUUGCUUUUCCUGCUCUGGAGGCAAAGGGAAAAGUCCAAAACAUAAGCUAUUCCUACACUAUGGACCACAAGCUUGAAGUUAAACAUUUCCACGAGAUUUCCCUCAUUUUAGACAAGAUGUCUAAAUUGCAUAUUUCAGUUUCUAGCGCUGAUUCCUUCAUGCAGGCACAAAUAAUGGUGAAAUACAAUAAGCUGUGUGUGAAACUUCAUCAUAUGUGCAAAUCAAUGCAUAAAUUACUUUCAGACCAUAUUCACCAUGAAGAAAUUGAACUUUGGCCCUUAUUUAGAGAAUGCUUUUCCAUCCAAGAGCAAGAAAAGAUUUUAGGACUCAUGCUAGGGAAAGCCAGAGCAGAAACAUUACAAGAUAUGAUACCCUGGCUGAUUGGCUCGUUAACACCAGAAGAACAGCAUGCUAUGAUGUCCUUAUUGCGCAAGGUGACAAAAAACACAAUGUUUGAUGAAUGGUUAGGAGAAUGGUGGGAAGGGCAUGAUAUUGCUCAUGUGGCAGAGGAGCCAAAUACUUUGUGCACUUCAGAUCCACUGGAGAUUAUCUCAAAAUAUCUAUCUACCGAUGCUCUUGAAGAGCAAGGCAACAUCCUCUGUGACAAGGGCAUCAAGUUAGAUUGUUUUGGCACUAACGUUGACAUUUUGGGAAAGUGCAAAUUGGAUGAUGAUGCAAAGGUUUCUGAAGUGAAUCAAAAUAAUGAAGGUUCAAAAUCCGAAAAACUUGUCAGUGAAAUUGAAAACAAGACAUGCGAUGAGGUUGCUGGUGUGAGAGUUAAGACAGAUAAACCAGGGCAACCUUUUCAAUCAAAUCCAAAGUCUGGACAUCCUGAGCACAUUUUGACCAUAAGUCAAGAUGAGCUGGAGGCUGCAAUAAGAAGGGUGUCUCGUGACUCAUCCUUAGAUCCUCAAAAUAAAUCGUAUAUAAUACAGAACCUGCUCAUGAGCCGUUGGAUUGUUCGACAACGUAUAUCUCACACACAAUCAAUCAUUUCAAGUAAUGGGGAAGAAAUUCCAGGGGGGCAUCCAUCUUACCGUGAUGCUCUCAAAGUAACCUUGGGUUGCAAACACUACAAAAGAAACUGUAAACUUGUCACUCCCUGUUGCAAUGAGCUCUAUACAUGCAUACGUUGCCAUGAUGAGGUGGCUGAUCAUUCAACAGAAAGGAGAACUAUUACAAAGAUGAUGUGCAUGAAAUGCCUGGCUAUUCAGCCAAUUGCACAGACAUGCUCAACCGUCUCAUGUAACAAUUUAUCCAUGGCAAGAUAUUAUUGCAAGAUCUGCAAAUUGUUUGAUGAUGAAAGGGAAAUAUAUCACUGCCCUUUCUGUAACCUCUGCCGACUAGGGAAGGGAUUGGGCAUUGACUACUUCCAUUGCAUGAAUUGCAAUGCCUGCAUGUCACGGUCUCUUUUAGUGCAUACAUGCAGGGAGAAAUGUUUGGAAGAAAACUGUCCAAUUUGCCAUGAUUACAUUUUCACAUCCAGCAAUCCUGUAAAAGCACUUCCUUGUGGUCAUUUGAUGCACUCAACAUGUUUUCAGGACUACACAUGUACUCAAUAUACGUGUCCAAUCUGUAGCAAAUCACUUGGAGAUAUGCAGGUGUAUUUUAAGAUGUUGGAUGCAUUGUUGGCUGAAGAGAAAAUGCCAGAUGAAUAUUCUGACAGAACUCAGGCCAUAUUAUGUAAUGACUGUGAGAAGAAAGGUGCAGCUCCUUUCCAUUGGCACUAUCACAAAUGCCAAUACUGUGGCUCGUACAAUACCAGGCUUCUAUGAUGCUUGCUCAUAGUAGUCGGUAGGAAAUAAGGAGCUAAGGGACACUCAGAGGAGCAUUUUCUCCUGCGGUAUUUGCACGCAGCACAGGCCUGGCUGGUGCCGCCCUUAAGGGUCAUAUUUCCAGCAGCAUCAAAAUCUUGGGAGACAAUGUGUGUUACAAUUCUACAAGGACAAACCAAGAAGAAGUGGAGGUGAUGAUGAUGAUAUAGUAAGAAAAGAGAGCGAGAGGGUUUGAUGAUUUUGUUGAAACAGAAAUGGGUAAACAUUUUUUGAUGCGGAAUAAGUCUGAUAUGAGCGGAUUUGCUGGAUGUGAAGAGACUGAUUAAAAGAGAAGAUUGAAUAUUGAAGAGAGAGAGAGCGAAUUUAAUGCUGUUUCUUUCAAGGACAAGUGUCGAUGGUCUAGCAGGGUUCUAUUUUCUGGGGCUAUAAUGUUCUGCUUUGCGCUUCUCUUUUGUUACUUUAAAACGUGGCUUGGCUUUCACAGGUUUCAGAGCCAGAUCAGAUGAGACCUUUGCUCUACGUCUCCACUUGCUCAAGUUUUAAUUGUAUAUAUAUAACAAAGAAGAGACCAAGUAACGAUUUUUGUUAAUGA